AACAAACCAUGCACCGUGGAGAGGAAGUCUUUAGCGCGCGACACGUCUCGAGUUAGCUGUUAGUAACAUAAACCGCGCUAAUGAGGAGGAAUGGACAGAGAGGAGGACAGAGGGGACAGGAAGGUCCACGGCAGGACAGAGCCAGGAGCAGCUGAGGAGGCUCUGCGGCAGUGCCAGCUCAUCCAGGACUUGGUGGACAUCUGCACCUGUAGCCUGCGGACUCUCAGGACCACAUGCACCGCAGUCAACCACCUCACCCGGAACGAGAUCCGUACUUUAGAGGUGAAGCUGAGCCAGUACAUGUGGACUCAGCUUCAGUGGAGGCAGAGAGUCCCAGAGAGGGAGAGACUUGGAGCUCUGUCUGGAUACCCGAGACUGGAGGACUGGCUACUGACAGCUGACCUCACACCACAGUUCAUACAGAUUUCACCCAGUUGA